AUGUAUAGUCUUCGUACAGAUGAUGAUAUAUUUGAUAUGAUUAAUUAUAAAUAUACAGUAGCAAUACUAAUACUAUCUUCGACAAUAACAGCUACAAAACAGUUUGAUGACGAUCGAAUUGAAUGUUGGAAUCGUGCAAAUUUUAAUAAAGCUUAUAUAGAAUACACAAAUCAAAUAUGUUAUGUUAGUUCAACAUAUUAUGUUGAACAAAAUAAAUCAAUACCACGAGAUCCUAAUGACAGGUAA